AUGGAAUCCUGGCUGUCCCACAUUUUGGACACUGUCGAAGCUCUCAAACAUUAUAGAGAAGUGCAAGAUCGUCGGGAGCUUAAGAGAGGAGAGCGUAUCGCCGAUCUGGAACUGUGGAUCAGUGAAAUGGAAAGUCUGUUCCGGAAAGCGAACGCUGCGAACAGCAUGGCACCUGCGCUAGCGAAGCAACCUGCAACAGCCGUGGUCGUCUUCCACAAUGCCCCCACAAGUAUCCUUACUCUUCUCCUCUACAAGUUCUCUUCGCAGGUGGUGCCCCAAGGUGGUGAGACCCUUUGUACCAGCCCGCAUGGAGGACAGUUUGAAGAGGGCUAUAUCGCCCCUGCCGAUCCUGCCGACAUUGUUAUCCAGGACGCUACGCAGAUGCCCUUUGAGCGAUGGAUGAGCUCAUGA